GUGACAAGAUGACAACUCGUAUUUUUACCAAAGGAACCAGUGAGUCAUCCUGUUAACUCUGCUGAAAUACAUGCUUGCCCAUCGUCCUGCCACGUUAGCCAACCAACAUCACAAUGACUACUGAGAAUUUAGACCACAGAUUCAGUAGUCUCACCUGGGAUCAGAUUAAAAUCCUGGAUCAAGUUUUAGCUGAGGUCAUACCUAUUCAUGGGAGAGGAAAUUUUCCAACGCUGGAUGUAAAGCCGAAGCAUAUCAUUCACGUCGUAAAGGAACAGCUCAUUGAAAAGCAGAUCAAUGUGAGAGAUAUCCGUCUGAAUGGUUCGACAGCCAGUCACAUCCUAGUAAAGCAGAACGGAACCAGUUAUAAGGACCUAGACAUCAUUUUUGGGGUGGAACUUCCAAGUGAGCUUGAAUUCCAAGUUGUUAAGGAAGCAGUUCUUAAUUGCCUAUUGGACUUCUUGCCAAAAUGUGUUAACAAGGAAAAAAUCACUGCUCAGACCAUGAAAGAUGCCUACGUACAGAAGAUGGUCAAAGUCUCCACCAACCACGAUCGCUGGAGUCUCAUCUCACUGUCAAACAACAGCGGCAAGAACGUAGAGCUAAAGUUUGUCAACUCACUCAGACGGCAGUUUGAGUUUAGCGUGGACUCCUUCCAGAUCAUACUGGACUCCAUACUGAAUGUUUACAGAGCAACAGACUGUAAACUGACAGAAGACUCUCACCCCACUGUCAUCGCCGAGAGUAUGUACGGAGACUUCGACAAAGCAAUGGACCACUUGAAAUACAAACUGAUUUCCACCAGGAACCCAGAGGAAAUCAGAGGAGGCGGCCUCCUGAAGUACAGCAAUCUGCUGGUUCGUGACUUUAAGCCAGCGGAUGAGGCUGAAAUUAAAUCUCUGGAGCGUUACAUGUGCUCCAGGUUCUUCAUUGAUUUUCCAGAUGUUGCCGAGCAGCAAAGGAAAAUUGAGUCAUAUCUGCGCUACCACUUCAUCGGGGAAGAGAAAAGCAAGUAUGACUACUUGAUGACUCUGCGCAGAGUUGUAAACAAGAGCACAGUCUGUCUCAUGGGACAUGAACGAAGACAAACUCUGAAUAUGAUCACAGUUCUGGCUUUAAAAGUACUCGGAGAACAAAAUAUCAUCCCAAAUGCAGCCAACGUAACGUGCUAUUAUCAGCCUGCUCCAUAUAUCAGUGACAGAAACUUCAGCAAUUACUACGUUCCUCACGGACAACCACCUAUCAUCUACCAGCCAUACCCAUUUCACAUGCAAAUGCAAAGCGGCAUGGUUUAGAAACGUGAUAACGUCCUCAGCACUUACACUUCUCUCUCUUUCCAGUUCUCUCCAUAAUAAAGGCCUCAUUAAA